UUUCUCAAUCAAAGAUGCCGGAAAUAGAACAGUCCUUGACACCUCUUGAGAUAUCCACAGAGGUUAGGAAGUUCAUUCAGGAAUCUGUUAAAAAACCUCACAGAACCGAUGUGGCUGAAGUCACGAAAGGUGCUCUUAUUUUGCUCAGACACUUGCCAGGAUCCAGAGAAGCUGUGCUUGAGUACAUAUGCAAAAUAUUUUUUUAUGCAUGCAGUCGACAAUUACGAAAUAUGGAGGUUCAUCCCGGAGCUCCCAUAUUGGAAGCACCAAUCAUGGAUACCAUAAUACCCGAUGUACAUGCAACUCUUGUUCAAAUAGUGGAUGAAAACCCAGAAGCUUGGGCACCGCUCAUAGCAUCAUGGUCUCUCGAUCUUCUUGGAAAGCUCUCCUGUUCUUUUGCGAAGCGUGGCAACCUGAUGAACGACUUGCAGAUCAGUGAUUACUUGAGGCACUGGUUGAUGUUCCGAGGAGCAAGAAUUCUGGUCGAUCUUUCAGCUCAUUGUAUUCGUCGCCUGGGAGAUUCAGCUGCAGAAUCAUGCAUGAAUGCUCUCACAGAGUCCAUAUCGUCUUACACUCCUUAUUUCGACUGGGUUGCAGCGCAUGUAGGAAGCUGCUUUCCUAGCAUGAUAAUAACGAGACUUUUAAACUGGGGCCUUAAGGAUUUCUGUGUAACGGGUAUGCAGAAAUCGGAGCACAAUCAAGUGCUCAAUUCCGUUGUUGGUAUUCUCGGUCAUUUGGCAGGCAGUCAUUUUUACGAGAUUAAGACAGCCUUGCUAGAAUUAUUUAAGUGGAGUUUGGAUGAAAAUAUGGAGGACGAUGUUUCAACGAGGAAGCAAAAGAUAGCAACGGUACCCUUCUUACUGAAACUAGCUUCGGUAUCGCAAAUACUUUUAAAAGUGAUUACAACGGUCGUCCUGCAAACACUUUUCCCUGUCAGACCGGACGUGAUACCCCGACUAGCGGUUUUCGCCUCCGAUUGGUGUAAAUAUUUCGACAAUCAAGCCGACGUUCUUAUUGAUCUGACGGUACGGCUCGCCCUCGCUUGCGAACAAGGAGCUUCGCAGAUAAUAAGCAUCUUAUUAGACACUUGUCUGAGCACGAGUAACGUCGGAUACCACGGAGUGAACGCUGCGCUUUCUGUUAAAAACGUUUGUCGUGAAAUCCUAGAAAUGAUACUCCAAGAGAUAGAUUUAUCGAUGAGAAUGAAAGGUCCGCACUCAACGGGAAUUGCACUUCUUACGUCGAUAAAACAAGAUCUGAGUCUCGUGGUGCCGCUUUUACUGGACGCUAAUCCUCUCAGAGUACAAACAGCGGUCAGACUCUUGACGCUUCUGGGAGCUCAAAGUCCAACUGUCAUCAUAUCGGCGUCGGCUUCCGCUCUGAGAAACGCGAAAACGGACUUCCAUUUGGCAGCUCUGGUGCGACUCGUUUCCGAAAAUGUUGUCGUAUUUCCGGCUAUUAAACCAGAAGUUGAGAACCCAAUGUCUGGUCACGGUUAUCUGACACAAGCGCUGGAACAGUCUUUGAGAGACAUACAAUACACCAGCGCAUCCAAAGACUGCGAGUCUCGACAACUUUUUAGAAAUCUCUCGACUCUUUUGAAAUGGGAAAAUUCUAAGAAAGCGGAAAUUUUAGCUUCGCAAUUGGUUUCUCGAGCCGUCACUCUCAAUCUGGAACAAAUAUCUGGACUGUUGAUGAAAACUGAUGACUUCGAACUCGCUAAUGAUAUCGCAGAAACUUUGGAUCUUUUGAGUUUUUCAGAAAAAUCCUCACAUCCCUCAAGCGUUCAAUUGACUCUAAAAGUCACCAGAUCGAUUAUCCGCUACUUUUUCAUUUGCAUCAGAGAAGAAGACAUCUAUCGCAAGGAGCGAGGGGUAAAAAGAGUCAUGAGGCUUCUUUCAGUGCAGUCCUGUUAUUCCUCGUCUGCUCGAGUACUCGCGUUGCGAGAACUGUUGAGUAACAGUAUUUUCAACGAGCCUUCAAAGUAUUUCGGGGCGAAAGUAAAUCAUGAGCAAAAAAGUGAUAAUUUGUUGCUCCUAAGUCAGAAUCAUAAGCAAGGAACGAGUGCGUUGCUGGCACAGAAACAUUCGUCAGUUUUUCACGCGGGUGUCAUUGGCCAGGGACCGAGGAAACCUCCGCCAGAGAACUGUUUGGACAAAGAAACUAUUGCGUUGAACAGUACAUUAUUGGUCGACGCUAUAAAAGCUUGCUGCAGUAUGGAAGAUCCAGGGCCUUAUCCCGUCAAUCUCGACGCUAUGACGAUGGUCAGUCUUUUGCUCGUCGAGCUCGUGUCGCCCGACGUUAUGUACAACGGUUUGCCUUGGCCUGACGAAGAAUUCACGAAAGUCACGGUCGAACGAGAUUUGCACAUACGAAGGACUUUUCGAGACGUUCCCCUAUUGUGGACCCUUCUUGAGCUCACCGCGAGACACAGACCAGCUUUGGCUUAUUGUUCAGUCUUACUCAGAGCCAUUGCUGCUACUGUAAUGGCCAAUUGGAAUACGUCUGAUGGCACGUUACUCGCGAAUGUGAUGGCUCUCGGGCAAUUGUUGCCACCGCCGUUGGUCUGCCUGAGAGAUGUUCUGCCAAUUCUUAGCCCGAACCAGAUAAAUACCGUAAUGCGAGAAUGCAUUUGGGCUUAUAUGCACGAGAACGUACCAUCACCGGCGCUGUUUACUUUAACAGAAGGUUCGAACAUAGCGUGGCGUGAUACCGACACAUCAACUCCCAACAUUCGUUUUACUGAAACUCUGAGACUUCUAUUGCUCGCAAACAUUCACAAAUCGGGUCCACUUUACGCGACCUUAUUUUACAACGAGCACAAGUGAAACAUGACUAUGCCAAACGAUGAUUCUCUUUUCUUUGAUAUCAUGUAAAUAGCAAUUGUAGGAUACAAUAAUUGAAUCGUUAUUUGUACAAAAUUGAAGAGAAAGAAUGAAGAACGGGUGAGACACAGAGCAGAAACUUUUCUUAAGGUUUUAUAGAAAAAUGACUUUUUUCUUCCUUAUUUCUCUCGGAUACAAGAGACGAAAAAAAAUAAAGUUACUUUUUUCUUCA